UGACAGUCAGGAUUCAUAUCCGAUUAUUCGACGACAUAGGAUUAUAAAUUUCGAAGCUUCAAAAACCCUAGCUAGCCAUAGCUACUUCAAAUUUCAUAAACAAAAAAACCACAGCCAGCCCAGCCAUGGAAGAUAGUUUCAAAGUUCGAGUCGACAAGACCUUUGGCUCUCUCCCCUUUUCUUCUUCAGCGAUACAAACCCAACAACCAUCCUCCUCGUUAAGCUCUCUAUGGUGUCUCACUGACGAAGAAAUCGAGCGAAACCAAUGGAAUCGAGACCACAAGGGUAGCCCUGAAACCGAAAGCCAACCCCAACCAUACUUUAGUCCAGAAAGACUCGACGAUAAGAAUUUGAACUCUGAGAUCGGAAAAGACCUUGUUGAUUUAGACGACGAGGACGAGGACGACGAGGUGGAGUCGUCGCGUGCCUUGAAACUUAAACCUGAGGAUUGUGAUGACGAAGAAUGGGACAUCAAGAAAUCUAUUGGCCUGGAUCGUACUCUUGAUUACGAGGAAGAGGAAGAUCAUUAUGACAAAGUGGCUGUUGGCAGGGAAGGGGCUGGAGAUGAUCGCCUGUACGUGACCCAAAUGAAUGAUUAUGGUAAUGAUGUGGAUUCUGGCGAUGUGAUGCCCAUGCCCAGUUCAUUCGGGGAUGUCACGAGGGAUCCGCGUGCUAAUCACCUUGCUGCAAAAGUUAGGCUACUGGAAGAUGCAGAAGCGGCUAAAAAGAUGGAUUCUUUGCGAGUUACUGUAAAGGAAGAUAUCAGUGUAUCUGAUGAUGGUAAUCUGAAAUCCAUCCUGAAGAGGAAGGAUGUUCAAUCAGAUUCCAAGUCGAUUAGCAACCACUUGGAUUCAAAGUUACAAAAGCGUGUCCGGUUUGAUCCGGAGUGCAAAGAUGGUAAUGAUGAAGAGUCUGGUGGAGUUGAAGACACACAGAUGGAAACCACUGAUUCGACAGAAGAAACACAGAUAUAUCAUUUGCCUCCAGAUUAUCCUUCUGGAAUUCCAGAUUAUAUGCGAAAUCCUUCCAAAUACACGCGCUAUACUUUUGACUCGGCAACCAAUGUGGAUGAAGAAUCAAACCAAGAAGCUUACAUGGACUUCCUCAAGAUUCUGCAGAGACCAAAUACAACAGAAUCACAUCCAGAUGAGGUUCCUGUUGAUCUGUCAAAACCUCUCACCUUCAUACCAAAAAGGAAAACCAGUGGUGCUGCAGUGAUUGAUAACAGCAUUGAUUCUAAACAAAACCAGGAUGAUGCCAGUGAAGAUUUCAAGCUUAGGAGAGGGUUACCUCUUGCGAUUGCAGCUUUUGAUGACAAUGAUACUGAAACUUGUGCCAUGGAGGAAGAUAAACCGGAAACAGCAGCUGAUAAAACUAAUUCAAGCAGACCAGAACGCCAGUAUAGGUCAAAGGCCAAGUCCGAGACAUGAGUUAACCUGCACCUCCCUGAUUUUUAUUUCAUUGAAAAACUGGAUUUAUCAUGACAUCUUACUAUGAUUCCAACUGAAGCACUUGUAUACUAAUAAAAGUUUCUAACUUGACUAUUUGUAUGCUAAUAA